AUGGUGAUGCUGAAUCAUCGUGUGGUGCUCUUCGCGACCCCGAUGCACGGGGUAGAGCUGGCAGGAUUGCUGUUCACAGAUUACAUCUGCAGCUCGCUGCUCCAGAUGGACAUUGCCGAGGCACUGAGCGACGUCAACGGAUGGCUUGCUUUCUUUAGAAGCGGAUUCAACCCUUCCACGCUCCUGAGCUUCUACAGCCGGCUCAUUAGCGAGAGGCUGCUCCUUCGGCUUCUGGAGUGCGGAGUGUCAGCGCUCUGCAUGCACAGCAAAUUCAAGCUGUGCAAGGACGCGCUUGCGUUUCACUGCAUGUACACGAUUGUGCGUGACUAUCGCUACGGUCGUCUAUGGUGCACGCGACUACUUCGUUUCGCGGGGCAGCUCCUCUAUCCAAGCUUCCUGCGACAGUCAGAAGGUGGUAGUAGCACGAGCAGUAGCAGUAGUGGCACCUCACGCCAAACUGCGCCCAGUUUGAUGAGAGGCGGCGCCGUCUCCAACACGGCACCGAAGCCCUUCACAGAGUCAGAUUUGGUGGACUCUGAGGUAGCCUUCUACCGAAACCCGACCCGGCCUUCGCGGACGAAGCCGUUUGAAGCGAUGCCGAAGCCCUGCCAGGACGCGCUGCGCUACUACCUCUACAGCUACCAAUCACGCCCCUUCUACACCGUCUUCGUCAGCGGCCUCAUCGCGGACGCGACGCUCUUUGCCGCCGAGCAGAUCGUCUGGUGCUCGCACUUUUACCAAGAGCGCACAAAGCGAACCUCGCGGUGGCGAAUGCUGAAGCCCUUCGUUGCUGACCUUGUCAUGGUAUCGGCGCAGGCAACUUUGGUGUAUGCGGCUCGUGUGGCAGGCGUCUUGAUUGGGCAGCGUCUCUCGCGCGAGCCUACUGGCGGCGGCAUCUUCUGGGGAGAGCGUGUGACACUGCUGCUGCUAUCCCCAGGCAUUCAACACGUGAGCCUCAUCGCGGGGCGUGCUGUUCAUGACGCCCUCGAACGCCGCCACCCCCGCACCGUCGAGGACGAGGAGGAAGACAAGCGAGUCGAAGAAGAAUCCGAAGAGGUUGCACGGGCUCAGGCCGCUGCUGCGCGCGCCGCAUUUGCCUUUACCUCGGUCCCUCUCGGCAACGCCAACGGGGAUGCGGCGAAAGACUCUAACGAUGCUGGUGCGAGAGUAGGCGCUGGGGGUUCAGGCCACGGCGGAACCCUGGAGCACAACCGUAUCAACUACUACGAGGUGCUUGGCGUGACAAUGCAGUCCAAAGUACCAGAGAUCAGGAAGGCAUACCGGGCAAAGGCGCUGCUCAACCACCCCGACCGCGUCGGCAAGAACCCUGUGGCACAGGAGCAGGCACGACAGCAGAUGUCGAUCAUCAACGAGGCCUACGACACACUGAUCGACUCUGAGAAGCGCGCGCAGUACGACGUGAUGCGCCGCUUUUCUGAAGGCCCCGAACUUUUCAAGAAGCUUGAAUCCAUGACUACAGUGCAACUGGCUGCAGUGAGCACGGUAGCUGUAUUAGGCCUAGGUGUGUUGACUGUUGCGUCGGCGUAUGGGCAGUAUCUAACCAUCUACCAGCGGAUGACGUCACUGGGACGCAGCCCGCUAAUGCUCUUCUCUUAA